AUGCCAGAAGCGAUACAGGAGGACAUCAUGAGAAAGCUGCGCAGCCGAAAGCCUGUUGCUCCUCGUUCCACUUCGUCUGAGUUGACCAAGAGGAACUGUUCGGCAUUCCUAGCCCCCCCAUCUUCGAAAGGAAGCGAACCUGCCUGCAAGAAGCAAAGAGUGGAGCACAGGGCGAUCCCCGUCAAGGAAAAGCGUGAGAAUGGCGACAUGACCUUCGAUGAGAUGCUGGAAGCGCUCAGCCCCCAUGGGCAGGCCGACCUGAUUGGAAGAGAGAAGGAACGUGAGGAGAUGGUUCAAUUCUUCAAUCAGGCUCUAGAGACAGGCCACGGGUCCAUGUACGUGUGUGGGAGGCCGGGGACAGGCAAAACCAUGUCCAUCAAGUCUGUUUUGAAGCAAGUCAGCCGCAGGUGCAAGACCUGCUUUCUGAACGGCAUGUCUCUGGUGGAUGGAGCCAGAAGUCUGUGGGAUGAGCUGUUGAGGCAAAUCUGCCCCGGUGCAGAGAAACACGACCUGGUGGCUGAAGAAUCGUUACAGAAACUGUUCACUGCCCCUCGAGUGAAGGGAGAUCAAAAGGUGUACUUGGUGGUGGUGGACGAGAUAGAUGCGCUUCUGGAGAACUGCGUUGAGAACCAUGUACUCCUCACUCUAUUUCUUUGGUCUCAGCUCAAGGACUCAAGGUUGAUUGUCAUGGGGAUUGCGAACGCGCUGGAUCUGACACACAGGUUCCUUCCACUACUGCAUGCCAAAGGAUGUGCUCCGAAGCUGCUGUCGUUCCCAACAUAUUCAGAAUCCGAGAUCGUUGAAAUUCUGGCGAGCAGGCUGAACGUGAAUGAUGGAAACGUUGAAAAGGCAGGUGGAGAAGCACAGGACAAGAACACCAUUUGGUUUGACAGGAGCGCUCUAGAGUUAUGCGCGAGGAGGAUCUCAGCAGAGAGUGGUGAUAUGCGGAAGGCAAUGGAAGCCUGUCGUGAAGCUGCGCGAUCCGUGUUCAGUCAGUGCAAAACUGUUGUCGGAAUCCCAAUCAUAGCAAAAACGCUCAGCACCCUCCAAAACUCCAACAAGAUGGGAGAGUGCCUGAAGCAGCUCCCCCUUCAUCAAGCUCUGAUUGUCUGCAGUCUCGUUCUGGCCCACCGGAAAGGAAUCAAAGACCUGACGGCGCAGGAGUUGACAACAGGCUAUGUCAUGACUUGCAGAAGGAGCAACAUGGCGCCCUUGUCUCAAAGUUUUGUCAAGGAGCUGAUUUCUCCGUUGAAGGACCUCGGAAUCCUCAAGGUUGGCGUCGCUGUUAUCAAGGGGAAACGGUCCCCCACGUACAAUCUCGCCCUGAAGGAAGACGUAGCCGUGUCUACACUCAAGACUAUUCCUCUCUACUCAACUAUUUUUUCCGAAGCUCCACGUGCUAGUGCGCUUGCGUUGUGA